UCUUAAUUUCCUCGAUGAUAUAUAAUAAUGCAAUCCCUUGUCUCUCCCACACCCUAUAAACAUCCGGAUAUCACACACAUUCACACUCACACCUCACAAAAAAGCAAACAAGACAGCGAAAAUAAUCAGAGAGAGAAACUGGAGAGAGAGAAGAGGGAGAGAUGUUCCCAUCACCAGGGAGGGCGGUGAUGGCGCUAGGCCACCACGGCGCCGCCCGCCAACCGCCGACCACCAUGGCGGCGGCGGCCUCCUCGUCGACGACCUCCGCCGCCGCCGCCCCGGCCACGGCCACCACCACCGUCGCCUUCUCCUUCCAGCAUCCCACGCCCACGCCGUCUUGCGAGGAAGGCGAUCAUCGAGGGAGGCCGCAGAUGGGGAAUAAGGGCGAGGCGGCGGCGGCGAUGGGCGCCAUGGGGAUCAACGACGCCGGCAACAACACGGCGGCGGCGGCGGCGGCGCAGCAUCAUCUGGGGGUUGGCGCGGUGAGGAUGAAGAAGGUUGGGGGAGGAGGAGGAGGAGGAGGGAAGGCGCGGCGGAAGGUGCGGGAGCCGAGAUUCUGCUUCAAGACGAUGAGCGACGUGGACGUGCUCGACGACGGCUACAAGUGGCGCAAGUACGGCCAGAAGGUCGUCAAGAACACCCAGCACCCAAGGAGCUAUUACCGGUGCACGCAGGACAACUGCCGGGUGAAGAAGCGGGUGGAGCGGCUGGCGGAGGACCCCCGCAUGGUGAUCACCACCUACGAGGGCCGCCACGUCCACUCCCCCUCCCGCGACGACGACGACGCCGCCCGCGCCUCCGCCGAGAUGACCUUCAUCUGUCCUUUGAAUCGAAGGAAUGUACCCUAUGGAGCCCUAUUAAAUUCCUAUGGAAUGCCUCAUUUCAUGAUCAUUGUUCAAAUCGCAUUCAGUACAAUUUAUGUCGUACUAGUAUUACUAGUAGCAGUAACACACGUGGACAGUUCACUUCAAGGAGUAUAUUUUGGAGGUAAUAGUUCUUCUGCUGCUGCUGCUGCUGCCAGCCAGAUGUCGAACCAAAUUUUGAUUGAAUUCAAUCAAAUCUACUAUUUCAGAUUUGAAUUUCUCAAAAACCAUUUGAACUCCUCCUUGAUGUUGACCAAUUUUGAGCUGGCUCGAAAUCAAAAAACCAGUUCACAAAUCUCAAUGGGUUUUCCACGAAACUGCAUAUCCUGGCUAGAUACUCUCUUGCAGCCGUCGCCAUCCACCCACGCAUCCCACUUACCGCCGCGAGGUCAACUCGUGGCGAGCGUGGACGCCUGUGGGCCGUCCGAUGCGGAUCGGAUAUUCCCUCUCAGGUCCACUGCCCGCGAAACCCGGUCACGAGGAAAUAUCAAUUCGAGUGAUCUGAUGGAUCUAUCAGCCAUAGCUAUAGCCCAUUGCAUUUCCACAAAACAACCUAAUCACAAGGUGGGGGCAUCACGAGAAAGAAAGAAAGAGAGAUAGUGAGACACAUGCAUGCAUCAAACCUAAUACUACUACUACUCUGCUUUGUUAAUUACUCCAUUAAGCAUCCAAAUUUCGACCUAAUCACAAUUCACACAGAUCUAAAGCGCAAUUAGCCAAUGGGUGGGGCCCACCACGACAAUAAUGGACGAGGACGAGCGAGCAAUUAAAAUAUAAAAAAUGGCAACGUCGCACCACCGUCCAGUGACCUCCCAUCCGUGAUCUACAGCCGUCCAGCUUCGUAGCGGUGACGUCACCCCGAUUGCCGUUCCCGAGAAGGUAAAGCGAAGCGGAUGCCUCCUCGUUGAGGCCGUCCGAUGGCCACGUCCUUCCAUCCAACGGUUGACAUGCUAAUCGGUCAAAUAUUCGGGGGUCUGACG